CCGAAGAAGUGUCGAGGCUCCCGGCCACGUUUCUACGAAGGAUGUGUUGUUAGUUUUCUGUUGCCGUCACGUUCAGGGUAACGUUAACUAAACCUGUGACUGACUUUAUUAUCCGUCACCGUGUCGAGCGCCACGGGAGGACAAGAGUUUGUUCCGAUAGUUUCAGUUGAACCGACUGGCAUUUGUGACCCGCCAAAAGCUACAACACAGCUAGGAAGUGACCAUUUUGUAGGUUAGCUGUUAACGUUAGUCGGUAACAGCUCAAUCUGGGAAACGAAAAUGAGUGGCGGAUUCAACUUUGGGCAGGCCCCCUCGGGCUUCACUUUCGGAGCUCAAAAGACCACCGCCGCAGCUCCUGGACCCGGCUUUAAUCUGACGGGCUCCACACCUGCACCUUCCGGAGGGGGCUUCACUUUCGGGCAAGCGAUCGCGGCCAAUACCAAUCCUACCGGCGGAUUUAGCUUUGGCACCCCAGCAAAGAGCACUGCAGCCAGUGGAGGCCUUUCCUUUGGGACCCCCGCCACCACAUUUGGGCUCGGAUCAGCUCCUCAAACCACCGCAGCAGCACCAGCAGGGCUGACAUUAGGCUCCACAGCAGCACCAGUGGCGGGGUCAGGGUUCACCCUUGGCCAGAGUUUGGCUGGGCCAACCACCGGGGCCGCUCCUGCAGGAGGGGGCUUCAGCUUUGGCACUGCCACUCAAGCUCAGAUGCAACCACCAGCAGCAGCAGCCCCAGCAGCAGCCGCCGCAGCAGCAGCAGCAGCAGCAGCAGCAACAACAGCAGCGGCAGCUUCAUCAGGUGGUUUCUCAUUUGGAGCAUUCAGUUUUGGAUCCCCCAAGGUCCAGCCGACUACAGCUGCAGCCACUGCUGCUCCCACAGGGGGAGGCUUCUCCUUUGGCAACACCGCUCCCUCCAACCUCACCCUGGGUAUCCAGCCCCAACCCCAGCUCCAACCCCAGCUCCAACCCCAGCUCCAACCCCAGCUCCAGCCCCAGCUCCAGGCCCAGCUCCACCCCCAGCUCCAGGCCCAGCUCCAGCCCCAGCUCCAGGCGCAGCUCCAGGCCCAGCUCCAGGCCCAGCCAGCUUCCACUGCUGCAGCCGCAACAGGACAGGGUGGAGGAUUUAGUUUUGGGAUUAAGCCCUCAUUAACCCCAGCGCCCCCUGCAUCAACCCAGGCAGCCCCACCUUCAGGUCCCUCACUCUUUGCUGCUCCUAUCUCUACAGCUCCUGCUGCUACUGCUGCUGCCACAGCACCAGCCACAGGCUUUACAUUGGGUGCUGCUGCAACUUCAACAGCAACCCCUGCUGCUGCAACAAGCACAGCAGCCACUGGAGGUCUGUCUUUUAUGCUCAAACCUCUGGGGGCAGCCACCACCAUCGCCACAUCUCUACCAGCCUCAACGGCAGCUGCCACGACAGGCGCUGCUACCAGCUUUUCACUGGGGCUCAAACCUGUAUCCGGCACAACUAGCACAACACUUUCUACAGCCUCGACGAUCACUACCACUGCUCCACCAGUAAUGACCUACGCCCAGCUAGAGGGUCUCAUUAACAAGUGGAGUCUUGAGCUUGAGGAUCAAGAGAGACAUUUCCUACAGCAAGCGACUCAGGUGAACGCCUGGGACCGUAUGCUGGUGGAGAAUGGAGAGAAGAUCACAGCGCUGCAUAAAGAGAUGGAGAAGGUGAAGCUGGACCAGAGGAGGUUAAACCAGGAGCUAGAUUUCAUCCUGUCCCAACAGAAAGAACUGGAGGACUUGCUCUGCCCACUUGAGGAGUCUGUGAAGGAGCAGAGUGGAACCAUCUACAUGCAGAAUGCCGAUGAGGAGCGUGAAAGAACGUACAAGCUCGCUGAGAACGUGGACGCCCAGCUUAAGAGGAUGUCACAGGACCUGAAGGAGAUCAUUGAGCACCUGAACACAUCCAGCGGUCCAGCAGACACCAGUGACCCACUUCAGCAGAUCUGCAAAAUCCUCAAUGCCCACAUGGAUUCACUUCAGUGGGUUGAUCAGAAUUCAGUCCUUCUGCAGAGACGAGUGGAGGAAGUAUCCAAACUGUGUGACAACCAGCGCAAGGAGCAGGAGAAAACCUUUCGUUUAACAUUUGACUAAUCUGCAAUAAACAUGCUGACAUGUAUAUUCACUUAAUGCUAAUUUUGACAUUUUUUUGUCAGUAGUCAUUAACAGGGAUGUCUUUUUAGGGGUCAAUAUUAUAUGAAUGUACAACCAAAGCAUUCAUCACAACUCCUGUUAAAACCUGCUUUUCCCCUCAGCUGUUUCAGGUUGUUUGGGCUGCAUAAAAAAAUAAUAUUUUUCAAUGCAAUUGUUUUUAUAUACAGUUGUGAAACUGAUAACCUGUUCUCUUGUGAAUGCUUGUUCUAAAUAGUAUGAUUAAAUAAAUCUUUG